GAAGUUUGCAGUGUCUACAAAAAUUCCUGACACUAAAUGGUGUCAGAAGUGUUGUGUUGUAAGGAAUCCCUACACAGGCCACAAGUACCUUUGUGGAGCACUACAGUCUAGCAUUGUUUUGUUAGAAUGGGUUGAACCAAUGCAAAAAUUUAUGUUAAUCAAGCACAUAGAUUUUCCUGUACCUUGUCCACUGAGAUUGUUUGAAAUGCUGGUAGUCCCUGAGCAGGAAUUCCCUUUAGUUUGUGUUGGUGUCAGCAGAGGAAGAGACUUCAAUCAGGUGGUGAAGUUUGAGACCGUCAACCCAAAUUCUACCUCUUCAUGGUUUACAGAAACAGACACUACAGAGACAAGUGUUGUGCAUGUAACACAGUUGGAGAGAGAUACCAUUUUGGUGUGUUUGGAUUGCUGCAUAAAAAUAGUGAAUCUGCAAGGCAGGUUAAAAUCCAGCCGCAAACUGUCAUCGGAGCUCACGUUUGACUUUCAGAUUGAAUCAAUAGUUUGUCUACAAGACAGUGUGUUAGCCUUCUGGAAACACGGCAUGCAAGGAAGGAGUUUUAGAUCAAAUGAGAUCACACAAGAAAUUUCUGAUAAUACAAGGAUAUUCAGGCUUCUGGGAUCUGACAGGGUCGUGGUGCUGGAGAGUAGGCCGACAGAUAACCCAACAGCCAACAGCAAUUUAUAUAUUCUGGCAGGGCAUGAGAACAGUUACUGAGAAUAGUAGGUGGGCAGGCAACUCACCGUGCCAAGAGAACACUCCUGCUGCAGCAGCAUCCAUGCCUGGCUGAAAUUGCACAAAAGCUGCAGUAACCCGACUUCAGUUACUUUAUAAUUUAUUGUGGCAUGAGAGGAAGACAAGAAUUGUUUGUGGUAUGGACACAUAAUCCUUAUGAUACCACAGAAGUUUUUUAAUUUACUGUUAUGUAAUCUUUGUACAUAUGCAGUAUUUUUCAGUGAAACUUCUUGCUGAAGACCUACACUGACUUUCUGUAGAUAGCAGUCCUCCUGUUAAGUACAAGUGUCUCACCUGUACAGAUGUAAAAGUCGCUGAGGAUGCAAAAAUGAAAUCGGGGUACUAUUUUAGGACUUCUCAUGUGUUUAUUAUAAAGUGGGAUGCUAGCAACAAAUAUAGUACAUUUAACAAUGCUAUUGUAUUUUAUUAUAUGUAAUUUACUAAUACAAAUAAAUCUUAACUUUUAGAAAUUG